AUGGCGGAGCGCGGCGGCGAGCGUGGCGGCGAGCGCGGCGGGUUCGGCCGUGGCGGCGAGCGCGGCGGGUUCGGCCGUGGCUUCGGGCGCGGCGGGCGCGGCGACCGUGGCGGGCGCCGCGGCGGGCGUCGUGGUCCGCGUCAGGAGGAAGAGAAGUGGGUCCCCGUCACCAAGCUCGGCCGCCUAGUCAAGGAGGGCAGGAUUAACAAGAUCGAGGAGAUCUACCUCCACUCGCUCCCCGUCAAGGAGCACCAGAUCGUCGAGACCCUCGUCCCGGGGCUCAAGGACGAGGUCAUGAAGAUCACGCCCGUGCAGAAGCAGACCCGCGCUGGGCAGCGCACCCGCUUCAAGGCCUUCGUCGUCGUCGGCGAUGGCGACGGCCACGUCGGCCUGGGAGUCAAGUGUGCCAAGGAGGUGGCCACCGCCAUCCGCGGCGCCAUCAUCCUCGCCAAGCUCUCCGUCGUCCCCGUCAGGAGGGGUUACUGGGGUAACAAGAUCGGACAGCCGCACACCGUGCCGUGCAAGGUCACCGGUAAGUGUGGUUCCGUCACCGUCCGCAUGGUGCCCGCGCCCAGGGGUUCUGGCAUCGUCGCCGCUCGCGUGCCCAAGAAGGUGCUGCAGUUCGCUGGCAUUGAGGAUGUCUUCACCUCGUCCCGUGGCUCCACUAAGACCCUUGGCAACUUCGUCAAGGCAACCUUCGACUGCUUGAUGAAGACCUAUGGCUUCCUUACUCCUGAAUUCUGGACUCAGACCAAAUUCUCCAUGACUCCAUUCCAGCAGUUCACGGACCUCCUGGGAAAGCCCACCAAGGGUCUUGUGCUUGAGGCCCCAACUGAGACAGUAGAGGCGUAG